GCGCCAAAUGUGUAUGUAAUGCUCCAGGGGCGGGGCUUUAAUAUUGAUGAAAGAUUGUGAGCUUCCGAUGAAGUGGAGUCGGAUAUCUGAUGGGAGGUUAUAAUAGUAAACUGACAGUACCAAAAGAUGAGCCAAAUCUCAUGAGUAGGGUUGAUACUUCUGACCUGAGCAAAAACCCUAAACUGGCUGACCUCAACAAAGUUGACGAAAAACUAGCUGAUAUUCGUUCUUACACAAAGAUGGACGCGCAAAAUUCGAACGAUUCCUUCAUGCUGGGUCGAGGAGGUAUUAUGGUCGUAUUAUACGACUUCGCAGAAUCAAUGAGUUCUCAAAUCAGCAUUAAGCGAGGUGAAUUGGUACGCCUUUUAAGCUAUAGUCCAGCUGGAGACUGGUCUGAGGUGGAAGCUUCCAUUGUCUUACCACCUCUCCCCAAACCUGGACCGGGUAGUUCUACUUCCGGGUCAGAAAGUCAUCAUUCUCAGUGCAAAGGUGGAGCUACUGUAAAGCAUAAUCAUGGGCCCACCAGGGAAACUGGGAACAGUGUAAAUACUUCUUGUAUGUAUUUGUUCAAUAAUUACAGACGUGGAUGGGUACCAACGAGUUACUUAGCUAUUGCAAAUGUCUUCCAAAGUUCUGCUCCUUCAAAACAGUCUUAUUCACAACAGUUAAUUAGUUGUGAAGGUUCAGAAAAGCCAAAUUGCUCAGUUAAUGCCCCUUGCUUAUCUAAUUCACAACCAAUUAUUGCAAAUGACCACAUGCAAUCACGGGUACAAAACGUAUCAAACAAGGGACCUGUUCAUCAUGUAAUGAUGGAUUCAUCGCCUCUAAGUCUUUUAGAACCAAGUCUUCUUCCGUAUUCAUGGUAUCAUGGUGCUGUCUCAAGACAAGCUGGAGAACAUCUCCUUCGAAGCGGUAUCACAGGUUCUUUUCUGGUUAGAGCAUCAGAGUCUGCACCUGGUCAACUUUCUGUAACUGUGCGCCACUUAGGAAGAGUCUAUCAUUAUCGUAUUAGUCAGGACAGCAGAGGACUAUUCUAUAUAACGGAAGCUCAUCGAUUCCCGACCGUCGUUCAACUAAUUGAGCACCAUUCUCGUUCUGCUGAUGGUUUGGUUUGUCCACUUCUUUAUUCAGUACCGAAACCGCAAUUUUUAAAUCAACCCAUGCAACAAUCUUGCUACUCAUCUGUCCCUCAAACACUACCCAGUUCAAGAAUACCUGGUCAAAAUCAAUUUGAAGUCAAUCCCAUUGUUCAUCAAUCAAAUGCUGAAAUAUCUAACUUCCCUUUAACUCAUAUAAAUCCCGUAUCACAUGUGCCCAGACCAUUUCAUCCAAGUCAUAUAAACAAUUCAGAAAGAUUAAGUGCUUGUAGUGAUUCUAUCGGAAGUAUGGAAUUUGAUGGAUGGGAAAUUGAUAGGUCCGAAAUUAUCAUGCGUCAAAAAUUGGGCUGUGGUCAAUAUGGUGAUGUAUAUGAAGCUGUAUGGAAACGUUUUAACUCUGUUGUUGCAGUAAAAACUCUGAAACAAGAUGUUAAUUUGAAUGUCAAUGAUUUUCUCAAAGAAGCUGCUAUUAUGAAGAAGUUACGUAAUAGGAAUUUAGUUCAAUUAUUAGGCGUAUGUACUCGAGAACCGCCUCUUUACUUAAUUACGGAAUAUAUGCCAAAUGGGAAUUUAUUGAAUUAUUUACGUACACGUAGUCCAGGUGAACUCACCCCGCUUACUCUACUUUAUAUGGCUGUUCAAAUCGCCUCUGGAAUGGCGUAUUUAGAAGCUAAUAAUUUUAUCCACAGGGAUUUAGCUGCUAGAAAUUGUUUAGUGGGUGAUCAACAUUUGAUCAAAGUUGCAGAUUUUGGCUUAGCACGUUACAUGCAACGGCAAGAUACUUAUACUGCUCGUAAUGGUGCUAAAUUCCCUAUUAAAUGGACUGCUCCUGAAGGUCUUUCUUACUAUUUGUUCUCAUCAAAAUCGGAUGUAUGGGCGUUUGGUGUAGUCCUAUGGGAACUUGCCACCUAUGGUCUUUCACCUUAUCCUGGAGUUGAAUUGCAUGAUGUUUAUCAUCUUUUAGAGAAAGGUUACAGAAUGGAACGGCCACAUGGAUGCCCAGAAGCAGUUUAUUCUAUAAUGCUAAGAUGUUGGUCUUGGGAUCCAAAUUUGCGGCCUUCAUUCAGUGAAAUCCAUGCAGAACUAGAACAAAUGUAUACAACUAUGAACAUUGAAGCUGAAGUUGCUUUGGAAUUGGAAAAACAACCUGUUAAUUUUAUCCAACAACAGCAACAACAACCACUUAUGAGUUCAAACAGAUUCACAGAAAUACAACCACAAGAUUUACAAGGCAAUUCAGUAAAUCAAUUUAAUAUGGUCUUCAAGGAGUCUUUACCAAAUAGUUUUAUGUCAACAGAAAUUGUGAAUUCAGAUAAUGUCGUUUCUAGACAUAAUAAUGCUAUUCAUUCCACGUCGAAUAUAGAUUUCACUGGUAAUAAUGUUGAAUCAAGUCGACCGAAUGCAAUAUCUUCUUAUGUUACAAUGAAUUCUGUUGCUAAUCACUCAAUACAUCAUCAUGUUGAAAAUAAUAUUACUUCACUUAAUAACAAUAAUAAUAUUAAUUGUAUAAAACAAGAAAAGACUAUAUUUAUUAGUCAGAAUCGUUUGUCUAAAGAUAAACAUUCAGUUCUUCCUUCUCCUUCAUCAUCUGGCGGUGGAGUUGGUGGCAGUGAUCAUUUUGGUCGUAUUACCGAUAAUUUAGCUGCUGUUUCACUUGACAAUGAUGAUAAUGAUAAUAUUGAUGACGAUGAUGAUGAUGAUGAUCAAAAUAAACACCCGGCUAGUUCAAAUAAUCAUGCUGUUCAACGUGAAAGUAAUUCGGAGAUAAAUCCAGAUCACAUUCUAUUACCCACUAGCAGUUUAGGUCAGAUUAAAUUUUUACCAAAUUCUAUGAUUUCACCAUGCGGCCCACAAAAUACAUCCAUACAUGAAUCUAACCAAAAUGGAUUUCCUAAUUUGAUUCAAUGUCGAACACCAUUUUCAUCAAAUUGUUUAACACAAACACAAUAUUCACCGGCUUCAUUAUCUGAUAAUGGAUUUUUACCUUUCGGUGAAAAAUUAUGUUACUUUAUCCCAAUGAGUAAUAAUUCAUCUUAUCAACCUAAUUCACAUAUUACCUCGUCAAAUAUUACACAAAAUUGUGGUACUUCAAAUCUUUCUCAAUUUUCCAAUAAUAAUUCAGCUUCCAUAGUUUCUAAAAUUCCUAACUUAAAUGUUGGUAAUUCAACAAAAGUGGUGAAUGAUCGAUCAGCUAUUCGAACGAAUCGUUCUAUUCAUCGUAAUGUUACUUCUGGUUGUAAUACUCAGACUAGUUCGCAACAAAAUGGUACAACACGUAGUCAAGACACGGAUACACCAGAUGAAAGUGGUGUUGGUGAAUCGAUUAUUUCAAACGAAUCUCCUGCAGAAAGUCGAGCAUGCGGUGGUGGGAUAAUGAGUAAUGCUGUCGGUGUUGGUGUAAUUGCUACCAUGAAUUCGAUAACACCAAGUGGACCCUGUCAAGUUGAUUGGCGUUUAAAUGUGCCGUUUGAAGUGUCCAUGUCAAUUGAUGAUCAUUCUCAACAUUUUCAUCAUGCACAAAUAAUAACUCCUUCUUCAAAUGUUAUUCACCAUCCACAUUCCUAUCCAUAUUUAUUUCAAACUACUAAUACUUCUACAACAACGACUACUACUAUCAAUACCACUACUACUCAUAUUUCUUCUGCCUCAUCAUCUACUCAAUUCAAUGUUAAUCCAUUAAUGGAACAAUUCUCUACAAUACCACCUCACGAUAGAAUUGGAAGUUAUUUAAAAAGUUUGGGUGAAUUAGAUACCAGUGGUGGUCGUCAUCAUCGUUGUAACGAACCACCAACAUUUGCUUAUUACCAAUCGCAACCAAAUGAAUCAAAUUUACCAACUGAUAUACUUGAUGUAAAUGAUAAAACAUUUAAUCAUCCAUCGAACUUUUUACAUUAUCUCCCACCGCCACCACCACCGGUGCCUCCCCCACCUCAUUCAUCAAUAAUGGAAUGCUGCAAUUCGCCGUCGUUACCUCCUACAUCUACCACCAAUAAUGCUUCAAUCCAAUUAAGCUCGCACGUAGCUUCAACCGGGGAAAUUUCGAAGUCAAAUAUUUCUCGCCCGAUUUCUCCUGUACAACGUAGUAAGCAAUAUUUUAAUUCAAAAGGAAUUAUGGAUAGUGAAACUGGAACAAAUAUGAACCAGCCAACCAACUGUUUAUCGUCUAACAAUCAAAAUAUAUCUCAAUUGAAAGCUUCAUCUGAACAGAAUAACAUAGCUCUUGAUGAAUCUUCUUUGAAUCAUAAUAACAGUAGCAACAAUGAUACUGAUAUUAAAGAUAUGCAUUCUAAUACCUCUUAUUCAAAGAUUUCUCAGGCACGCCGACGUAAUAAAGUAGAUAUAGAACGUACUGUUAGUGGUAAUGUUGGACACCUGGACUAUCCAGGAGUAGGGCGACGUCAUUUACCACUGGAUGAUCGAUCAGAAGAGGAAUCGAAUACAGAAGAAGUUCCAAGGUCAUUGGAGGAUGAGACUUUAUCCAUCGCGUCUGACUCUCCGAACAAUUCUCAAGAUAAUUCAAUAUCGAUUAAACCCGAUGCAGACCUGUCAGGUGGUGGUGAAGGAGACGAUGUCUACCAGGCGCCAGAUUCUUACUAUUUACCAAAUGUUAGUAAUAAUAGUAAUUUGAAUUCACAAAAUUUACAACUUAACUCUACUUCACAUGAAUCAAUUACAAAUCUACUUGAAAGAUCUAUUGAGUUAGUCAAUUGGACUAAAGAUCUAUGUAGUUAUUGUGAAAUGGAAUAUGAGAUCCCGAAUGCAUCGUUCAUUGAACUAUCGAAUUGUUUAGAUUCUUUUCGUAUUGAAUUAGAAGCGUAUAUUGUGGAACAUAUAAGCAAUAAUCCAAAUCUUACUAAAACUAUCUUAAUUUCAUGUGAUAAUCUAGGUAAACAAACUACAAAUUUAUCUUUGCAUUUAAAGACUAUGGAAAUGGAUAAACUUGCCUUUAGUGUACAUUGUAAUUCUUGUCAUUUGUGUUUAAAAGAAAUUCAUGAACAUAUCGUACAACUUUUAAAUAAGUCAAAAGUAAUCAAUGAGGUAACCACUACCGCGGUCACCACCGGUUCUACAACAUCUGUUACUAAUCAUACUCAUUUACAUGAUGAUCGAUCGUUUAGUACUACUGCUAAUAAUACUGUUACUACUACUACUACUCAUGUAUUUGGCAAAGUUUAACCUCUGAAUUCGACUAUUUUGUGUUUGUUUCUUCACUCACUGCGUAUGCGCACAUCUUUUUGUAUAUGCUUCAUUCUGUUGCAAUUAUUAUUAAUAGUCUACAAGAUUCUUAUUGUUUAAAAGCUAAUUGUUUGAAUUUCUUUCUGAAUUGAUCAACAUUAAUAAGUGUCCGGGAUUCGGAAAUAAUCAUCACAUCAUUUACACAUAUACUUGUUGUUUUGUUCAACUGAGACGUUAUCAUAUUUUAAAUUUUCACCUCAUUCAAAUUACACCAAUGUCUUUCGAAUUUUCACUUUUCUGUCAUAUAUAUAUAUAAUUGGGCGAUCGACUGAUCUGGUCGUCUCAUGACAGAAACUAAUUUUACAUAAUUUCAAUCAUCUCUAUUUACUCCAUUGUUUACUACUGUACAAGUCAUACAAUGUUAUCAUAUCUGUAUAAAGUUCAUUUUGCAUGUUGGUGUUUUUUGCUCAUUUCUUCGUUUUAAAUUUAAAUCAUUUUUCACAUUGUGUUUUUUCCUCUCUGUCUGUUUUCUUUUCCGAUUUCUCACCUUUAUAUUUUCAGUCGGAAUAUGUGAUUUACACUAUCUUACUUAUCUAUAAAAAUAAUACUACCACAAUUGUUUUUUUUUGUUAACCAGUUUUUUUUUCGGUUGUUGUUUCAUCAGAAAACUAAGUCAGACGAUCAGUUUCUAUGGUGAAUAUAUUGAGUAUACAUACACACAAAUUCGGAGAGAGAUAGUCUGUGUUAUUCCCACUUUGUGUGUAAUAAUAAUAAUAAUAGUUAAAUCUUGUUUUUGACAUUCUCUUGUUUACCAUUGUAUACAUAAAUAAUAAUACAACAUUGAUAAUCUUUUGAUUUGUUGUGUACACACGAAUUGAUUGUGCAUUCUAAUGGGUGACCCAUUUUGUGUGAUAUAGAAUUCUAUGUUACGUCUUUACAUUCUGAAAAUGUAAUUUAAUUUAUUUUUCUCUCAAAAUAACAUUAAUUUAAAUAACAACAAUUGUGUGUUUUAAAUUUUACUCGUAAACAACAAUUCUGACACAAUAAUGACAAGUAAAUAAAAGUUUUUAAAAGUCCCUGAUGUAUAUCAUUAUAUAUACAUAAUAAUGAAAGAGACAUAAUAUCGAUUGCCAUUAGUAACUGAUAACAAUAAUGACAAAAUUAUUAUUUUUUUCUUUUUGGAUUCUUACUUAAAGUAUUUAAAACAUUUCUUCCUAUUGCCAUUGUAUUUAUCAAUAGUUUUUCUCCUUUCAUAUUGAGAUAAAACUAAUAACCAAUGUAUUGAUUAUUAUUAGAUGAAUUGAAGAAUGUCAGUGAAUGAGUAUUGUUGAACAGUGGGAAAUAUGUUUUCUACAUCUUCAUUUAUUACCGAGUGAUAUGUGUGUAUCGUAUACUGUUAGUAAAUAAAAUCUUAUCGUUAGUCAUUCCUAGUCUUGUUUAUAUCAUUAUGGAUGUGAAAAGUAAAUGUCUGUAUGUUUUGAUAUAUUUUAAUAAAUUAUUUACUAUAUAGGUAGAGAUUACAAAACAAUCUUUCUUCUGAACUCGGAUGAGAAACCCUUUUUAUGAUGUUAUGUUGAUCCGUUUCUUGUAUUCCUUUUUAAUAUGUUUUGAAAUGUAUUGAAUACAGUUUAAAACAUACGUUAAAACUUGAUUGAAAGAUUAGGUUAUUUUUAAUCAGUGAUAUUAAUGGAUGAAUUAAUAAGAUAAUUAGCCAGCUGUUUUGUUUUGUUUUCAUAUCUUAAGUGAUCAGAUACGAAGAUUUUACGCCGGAACUUUCAGAUUUUGCGACAACCAUGGUAUCAUCAUAAGCCUCAUCCUAAUCAUCAGAAAAAGUUAUUUCUGAGUUUAGGCAUGUGCAAAUUAUUCGUACUAGGCUCUGCUUUUUGUAUCUUCAGUAGUAAGGUUUAAGUUAAAAAAAUAUUGACAGUAAAAAUUUACUUAUUGAGCUAUGUAAGAUUGAUUUUUAUUCUGUAAUGGCUCAAAUGUAUAUGGGUUUUAUUCCAGGUAGAACACAUCAACUAAAAUAUAACAUUAGAAUCGAAAAAAUGGUGCCUGGAUUGACCAAUCGGAAUCUAGAAGUAGGAUUCCUUGUUUUUACCGUCUUUAGUUACAUAAUAUCACUAGCCACACGCAUGAUAUCGAUGUAGGAGUGAUUUUAGAUUAUGUGAAUCAGAGAUUACUAAGUAAAACAUAUUUAGGUCUGGUGAAACCAGUUCCUUCUCUUAAUGAGAA